GAUCCUCGGUGGGCGGAGCCACCACAGCUGCGUAUAUAAAAGUAUAUGGGUUGGCGCACGCCGGCAUUCCAGCCCGCGUGAGGUCGAGCUUUGGAGAUUGCAGAGUCUUCCAGGCCAUCCUGACCUGUACUGCGAUACCCCCUGGAAAGCCAAGGGACUACCCCAGAGCCGCGGCCAGCAGCUCUGCACUGCCGGUAGGGGACUUCAACCUCCCAAGCACCCAGAGCCCCCUGAGUCCUUGCACAAUGUCCGUGGUCGUAUCAGAGGCCCUGAUGCGCCUGCAGGCCGAGACCAAGUGCCCCGUGUGCCUGGAUGACCUGAACGACCCUGUGACCAUUGAGUGCGGACACAACUUCUGCCGCGCUUGCAUCCGCCAGUCGUGGGCCGACUUGCAGGAGAAGUUCCCGUGCCCCGUGUGCCGCUUCGAGUGUGAGGAGUGCUAUUACCGCAGCAACGCGCAGCUUGGCCGCAUGGUGCAGAUCGCGCGCCAGCUGAGCACCAGCCGCAAGCGGCGGCGGCCUGAGAAGACCAACGUGUGCGAGAAGCACGGCCAGGUGCUCACACUGUUCUGCGAGGAAGACCUGGAGGUGCUGUGCCCCGAGUGUAUGCAGCCCCCUGACCACAGCGGGCACCGCACGAGCCCCCUGGGAGAGGCUGCGGCGCGGCACCGAGUGCGACUGCACAACUACGCCAAGCUGCUGCGCAGGCAGGCGCUCGACACGCAGCAGCUGAUAAGUGCCCAGAGCCGUGCGCCGCUGGAGCUGCGGGAGAAGGCGCAGACCCGCAGGCAGCGUCUGGCCUGCGAGGUGGAGCUGCUGAACCGCUUCCUGGAGCGUGAGCAGCAGGCUGCCUUCCAGCGGCUGGCCGAGGAGGAGCAGCAGAUCCGCCAGAAGCUCAGCGACAACAUCAAGGCCUUCACGGGCUACAAGGCGACCCUGCAGGACCUGCUGGCCCGGGUGGAGGGGCACAGCGCGCUGUCGGAGAUAGAGCUGCUGUCGCAGAUCAAGCACUUCUACCCGCGCUCUGAAGGCGAGAUCAGCCCGCCGCUCUUCUCCAUCAACCUGCCGAAGGAGGCCUGCAACUUCCCGCCACAGUUCUCUGCGCUGCAGAAGAUUCGCAGGGAGUUCCGUGUGGACAUCAUCCUGGACCCCGAGACGGCCUACCCCAACCUGUGCAUCUCCCCUGACCGGAAGAGCGUGCACUUCGUCAAGAAGAAGCCGAGCAGCCCGCGCACGGCCAAGCGGGCCAACGCCAACCCCGUGGUGCUGGGCUUCCCAGAUUUCUACUCGGGGCGGCAUUUCUGGCAGGUGGAGGUGGGCGAUGUGCCGCAGUGGGCUGUGGGGGUGUGCAGGGCCUUGAUGUCCCCCAAGGGCCGGCGGGUGGGGCAGGGCUGCUGGUGCCUGCAGCUGCAGGAUGGGGGCUACGAGGCCCCUGGAGCCACACGAGCCGCGCUGCCACAGGACUUGCGGGACCGGACCCUGGGUUUGUUCCUGGACUAUGAGCUGGGCGAGCUGUCGAUCUAUGACAUGCCUGAGGGCGCUCAUAUCUGUACCUUCAGUGACACCUUCACUGAGUCACUGCGCCCUUACUUCUACAUCGGGCCUGACGCAAAGCAGCUCAAGGUCCUCAGGGAGCCCUACUUUGAGUGAGGACACUCCAGGCUGGCUGUUGGCAGGGGCGGGGAUGGCACCCAGCAAUUCAGGUUUAAUGCUAUGUACCCUGCUGCUGAGCAACAGGCGGUCAUUCUUUUUUCCCCUUAAUAUGCUUAAGUGUAGCUCCAGGCAAUGCUGAACUACAUUUAAAGAAUACAUUUUCUUUCUUUGUAGUAGGAGGGGUAGAACACAGGGCCGUUGGGCUAGGUCCCCAGCCCUUUUGAUUGAUUUUAGUUUUUGAAAUAGGACCUUGCUAGGUUGCCCAGGCUGGGCCAAAACCUGCAACCCUGCAUCAGUCCCCAAAGCACAUGGGGUCACCAGGCCAAAAGGGUUUGUGAGUGGCAGGGUCUCAGGCUGGUACACUGUGCUCUAGCUCUGGGCCGGGCAGAUUAUUUUCCAGGUCUCUCCUGGUAAGAAGAAAGCUUCAUUUUGUCACUACAGCUGUCUGAGCAGUUCUAGUACGCCUCCCUGCCAGGGCAGCUGGCCCAGUCUCCUUGCUGGGUCUGAGGGUGCUGUUCAGCUGCUCAGCCUUGCUUCCUGCAGCAGAGGUGGGCGAUGCUGUCCCCAACACAGCUGUCUGUACACAGUGCAGCGAGUGGCCUCUACCAUAGUGCUGCACACCGUAGAGGGUGCCCUUUUUCUCUUUUCUUUUUGUUUUUGGAUACAGGGUGUCACUAAAUCACUAAAGUUGCCCACUUUGGGCUGGGAUUCGUGAUCCCUCUGACUCAGUCUCCCCGAGCGCUGAGGCGAUGCUUUUAGGGCACCACACCUGGAAGGUGAGCGGCUUCAGCAGGCAGCCUAUCCCCAGCGGAUAGUUUUGUCUUUGUUCCUCAAAGCUGCCGGCUGGAGGCACUCAACUCAGGUGCUGCCUUGAGCAGGAGCCGGGCCUCCUGCAUGCUGGGAAAGCCUCUGCCAACAGCAGGUAUGGGAGACGGUCAGCUUUUCUGGAUUACGUCUCACUUCUGUUAUUUUUGGGGUGUGACAGUGUGGUUUGAACCGAGGGCCUGGCCCAUAGCAGGCAGGGGCUUUACACCAUCCAUACCAACAGGCCCUGUUCUAUACUUUAUUUUGAUGGUUUCAGGACCACAAGAAAUAGUCACUGACAAUUGAGAGAGGGAGAGCAUGCUUGUCUGCAGAUCUGGGCCUCCCUGACAGUCUCUGAUGUGUUACUUUAGGGUUUAGUCAUCUGAGUUACAAAUGCAGCUUGGGUUGUUACGGGAACACUUUCCCAUUUAGUCAGAGAUGGGGCCUCACUAGGCUUUACUCCUUACCUCCAUCUCCCCCAGGGGCUGGCAAGCCUGCUGGGGCCAUCAUGCUUGGCUUUUUUUUUUUUUUAAUUUUUUUGUAUUAAUACUUGUAUAUGCUAUGCAGCGCAAAUGCCAGCAUGGAUAGAAGGUGGAUGUCUUUUUUUGUUUUGUUUUUUGUUUCCUGCCGUGGGAAUUGAACUGAAGGCCUUCACAAUGAGCUCUGUACAGAAAGGAUAAAUGAGGGGACAGCUGUGCCCCACAAAUGUCACGCGAUGAGGACUUGUAUUAAGACACCACAUAGUUCCCCAGUGAUAUGUAGUUUCUGUGUUUUGUAUGGCAGUUCAAAAAUAAACCGUAAAAGGACCGUUGCUUGUUCUCUUCGGGGCCCAGGACUGAACCUAACCCUGUCACCGUGCAGGCUGCACUCUGCUGUGUCCCUACCCGAAACCCUGUUCUUACUCAUGUGUUAUGAAGCCUAGGUGUAUCUUCAGGUCUUCCAGGUUACUGCCCUUGCUCCUUGGUGGAUUUUUUGCACACUGUAUGAAUGGUACUGAUCUUGCUCCUUAAUUCAGUAGCGCUGAUGUGUCCAAGAUUACAUCAGAGGAUGAUGGCUAUCAAAUGUCUCUGUUUUCUUUACAACCAUCCUGCCUCCAUACUGAGGAUUACAAUUGAGUCCAGGGAUGUUUAUUACUUACUGAGCUAUAUAUAACCCCAGCCCUGCCUCAGCCUCCCAAAGGAAUCUGCCACAUCAGUGGACAUGUGCAUUUUGAAGUAAUGGUCAGGUAGGGUGAAGCAUUUUCCUGCAUAUGCAAGUCCUGGGUUCAGCAUUU